CGCACUGGGCAGGCGGUUUGGGGGCGCGCGGGGCGCCGGGCUCCGGGCUCGCCCCCGCCUCUCCGGGCAGGCGCGCCUAUGGCGUUUCUCGGGUGACGCUGCCCGCACCGACUCUCCCGGGCGGAGAAACACCUAUGAACCCUUCGGCGACCUACCUCGCCGUGCGCCAGAACAUCGGUUCAGACAUUGAGAUUUCCACUAUUGAGAAACAACGGAAGGAGCUGCAGUUGCUCAUUGGAGAAUUGAAAGACCGAGAUAAAGAGCUCAAUGAUAUGGUCGCAGUGCACCAGAGACAGCUUCUUUCAUGGGAAGAGGAUCGGCAGAAAGUGUUGACUUUGGAAGAACGUUGCAGCAAAUUAGAAGGCGAACUACAGAAAAGAACAGAAAUAAUUAGGUCCCUCAUGAAGAAGGUAAAAAUCCUUGAAUCCAAUCAGAUCGAAUGCCAGACAUCUCUUCAGAAGACUCAAUUGCAGCUUCAGGAAAUGGUUCAAAGGGCAACACAUUCUUCUCUACUUGCUGAAGACCUGGAGGCUAGAAAUGAAACCCUGAGCAGCACAUUUAGGAAACUUUCGCUCAGAGGACGACUUCCCCGCCAAGGGCUGCCAACUCUCCCUUUGCUCCUAGUUUCUCAGGACAAGGAUAUUAUCGAGGCAGUCAAUCACAUUUCAGACUGCUCGGGGAAAUUUAAACUGUUAGAGCACGCUUUACGCGACGCCAAGAUGGUGGAGACUUGUAUUGUGAAAGAAAAGCAGGAUUAUAAGCAGAAAUUGAAGGCACUUAAGAUUGAAGUCAAUAAACUGAAAGAAGACCUCAGCGAAAAGACAACAGAAAACAACGAACAGCGAGAAGAGAUCAUUCGCCUCAAGCAGGAGAAAAGCUGCCUCCACGAUGAAUUGGUUUUCACUGUAGAGAGAGAAAAGAGGAAAGAUGAGCUGCUUGAUAUUGCAAAGUCAAAGCAAGACCGUACAAAUUCAGAACUUCAUAACCUGAGACAGAUUUACGUAAAACAACAGAGUGAUCUGCAGUUUCUUAAUUUCAACGUGGAAAACUCUCAGGAAUUAAUACAAUUGUAUGACUCAAGGAUGGAGGAACCAAAGGCCCUGGAAUGCAGCAGAGACAUGAGUUUAUCAGACCUUGAAAAUCAUCACUCAAAAGUCGAUAUUAAGAGGGGAAAAAAUCAGAAGUCACCAGUUAGGGACCAAAAAUUUGAAGCCAUGUUGGUUCAGCAAAAUAGAUCAGACAAGAGCUCCUGUGACUUGUGCAAAGAGAAGAAACUACAGAUCAAUUCUGCAUUCGGGGAACGAAGUGUCAUUACUCUGUCAUCUGUAUUUACAAAAGACUUAAUGGAGAAACAAAAACCUUGGUCUCUGGGAGGAAAAAUCCAGAUCGAACCUGAAAAUAAAAUUACGUUGUGCAAGAUCCACGGAAAAUCACCAAAAGGUAAUGGAAUUGGGGUUGAGAACGGGGAGAGACAACUCUCAGAAAUAUCAGCCUCAUCUGACGAAAAGCAGUGGCACGACGUCAACGUUUACCUGGGCCUGGCCAACUCUCCGGGUCCAAGACAACCGGAAAAGCUGGAUGUGGAAGGCCAAGAUCAGGCGGAAAGGCCUGAAACCUCCCGCAGCCAGAAAAGCGAAGCCUGCCUGGGUGAGAGCGACUGUGAAUCGCCCAGGUGCUGCCACCCCAGCAACGCCGUCGUGGGGGGCCCCGGCCACAUGUCUGACGGGGAGUGGAUGAGUAUUUUCAAGCCUUCCAAAAACCAAAGACACGUCCGCCACAAGUCCGAGUGCACUUGUUCAGAAGGCGUCAGUGGGACGAAACGUAACUCCUCCACGAGUGAACUAAUUGCCAUCCAACAUUCCCACUGUUUGGAUUCUCAAAAAUCUGCCUUAACAGAAAAAAAAAAAAACAAAAAAAAAAAAAAAAAGAACUCACCUAAGAGUUUGUUGGUCAGCAAAGAUGAAGCGACGUCCAAUGAAAAGGUUCGUAUUGUGCUACCUCCCCAGGAUGACUUUUCCCCCACGAGCAAGCUCCAGCGCCUGCUGGCCGAGUCUCGGCAGAUGGUGACAGACCUGGAGCUGAGCACGCUGCUGCCCAUCACCUGCGAGAACGUCAACAGCAGCGCCAAAAACAACUCAGAGGUCUCAGAAGAGUCACCUCAAAACAAUACCACUGGCAGUUAUUGAAGAAAACAAAAGUCAACCUCAGCAUUCACUGUGAUGCUGGAAGCAGAUUUCUCAUCUAUGCAGAAGGCAGAAAGCAGACAGCAAUACCAAACACUUAGCCCUAAAACAAAAAGAGGAUUGUAAUUCUCCCUAAGCGACGACGUUCAACACCCAAGGGGAGCAGGACCUGAACGUUAAUUUUUUUAAACAUCUAUAUAUUUUUUUUCAAAUUAACCAUUUUUGUGUGCAAGAAAUAUUUUCACGUGUAAGAAAUUAGACCUUAUCGUAUAUAUAUACACAAACUUGGAAUUAUGCUAAGAAAGACAAAGACUUCUCUUCAAAGAUACAGACUGUAGUUAAACACUAGAGAAGCUCUUUUAAGGUGUGAACAUCGAAUAGAGAACCCCUGCCUAUGAAAUGCUGUUUUAACUAUCUGAUUUAAAAAAAAAAAAAAAUCUGAGUAUACAUUUAAAUUAUAACCAAUAGCUUAUCAGAGUCAGCUCAAAAUAUAACAGUAUUCUCUUACGGUUUUAGGUCUGGACUUUUCUGUGUAAAUAGACAUAAAAUGAUAUGAUAUAAAAUAUUUUUAACUGGAAAAUAUCUCCUUAAAUUGACAAUCGAGGUCCUUUUGUCUCAAGCUGAGCAGAGCCCCAUCUUGUCUGGGUCUAUAGAAGUCCCAUCUACUUAUACAAAGCUUGCUGGAAGAUCAAGUUUUAUAUGCAUUUUAUUUUAUCAUUAAAGAAUAAAAUACUUCUGUUUUAACUUGUAA